AACCGUCUUGCUAGUUCUAGCUUCAUCUCGUCUUCCGUAAUCCAGUUCAUUGACCAAUUUUGUCGGCGGGCUUUUUUAAUGUGACAGAAAUACACACCUAGAAACCAUUUUCGGUCAACAAAAGUAUCGCGACACACUCGCAACGCGCAAGACUGUUUAACCAGAUCCAGAACUUCUCGCUGUUUUAACGAAACGACACCUCGCGCCUGGCCAGGCAAGAAAGGCCACAAUGAAGCUCACAGACAGUGUGCUGAGGAGUUUCAGGGUUGCGAAGGUUUUUCGGGAGAAUUCCGACAAAAUCAACUGUUUUGAUUUCAGUUCAAAUGGAGAAACUGUAAUAUCGAGUAGCGACGAUGACUCGAUUGUCUUGUACGACUGCCAGGAAGGAAAACCCAAACGGACGCUUUACAGUAAGAAGUAUGGUGUGGAUCUCAUCAGAUACACCCAUGCCGCCAACACCGUCGUCUACAGCUCUAACAAGAUUGACGAUACUAUACGAUACCUGUCUCUACAUGACAAUAAGUACAUUCGCUACUUUCCUGGACACAAUAAAAGGGUUGUCGCCCUGUCUAUGUCUCCUGUUGAUGACACAUUCAUUUCUGGCUCCCUUGACAAAACCAUUCGUCUGUGGGACCUUCGCUCGCCUAACUGUCAAGGCCUCAUGCACUUGCAAGGGAAACCCGUGUGCUCAUUUGAUCCUGAGGGGUUGAUUUUUGCUGCCGGAGUGAAUUCUGAGAUGGUCAAACUUUACGAUUUGCGCUCUUUUGAUAAGGGCCCAUUUGCCACAUUUAAACUGCAAUAUGAGCGGACGUGUGAGUGGACGGGUCUCAAGUUCAGCAAUGAUGGAAAGCUCAUUCUGGUCUCCACCAAUGGAGGAACGCUCAGAGUGCUGGAUGCUUUCAAAGGAGCCGUUCUUCACUCGUUUGGGGGUUAUAACAACAGUAAAGGUGUCAUUUUGGAGGCUUCUUUCACACCAGACUCUCAGUUCAUUAUGAUCGGAUCAGAGGAUGGGAAGAUCCACGUGUGGAAUGCUGAGAGUGGGAUGAAAGUAGCGCUUCUGGAUGGAAAACACACUGGUCCUGUUACCUGUCUACAGUUUAACCCCAAAUUCAUGACCUUUGCCAGUGCCUGUUCUAACAUGGCGUUCUGGUUACCCACCAUUGAUGAUUGAUGGGCAGCUGUCAUCAGUCGGCCUGUGUUGUUCUUCCAGCAGGUGGCAUCAUUCACUCUUCUCUUGGCACACAUGAAGAUGUUCACCGUGGGACUUUUGGACUGUAAAUAGAUUGGGCUUGAUGCCGAGUUGUAUUUUUUUUUUGUUCAUUUUAUAUUUGUAUGAUUAAAACGUUUUUGUAAAACAUUGUAAAAUGAUCUGUUCACACAUUCUGUUUUGUUUGAGGUUGUAACAGUGCUCAAUGAAACUGAGGUGAUGUAAAACAUCCUGCAGAAUUGACCUUAGCUCUCCAAACUAUACCAGAAGUCAGCUCCUGUAGAUUUAGUAUCGUGUGCGAUCUAAAGAAAAAAUGUAAAUGGAACUUUUUUUUAAAUAAACAUGUUUAUACAACUUUCCAAAGAUUUGGUUUUGAGGCCUUUCAGACCUGUAAUGCUUCUAGCUGUUGUGUGUAGUCCAAUAUAAUUGUAUCUGAGGGAUACUGCUUUUAUACCAUUAUUUUACCUGUUUUUGUUGCAUUUUCUUGUAAUAUCAGCAUUGUAAAUUGCUUAUAAAACAAAUUUUAUAAUCAGUA